AUGAGUGGUCACUUGAGACCAGACAUGACCAGUCGGCGGAUCUCGACUAUAAGCCGGAUGACCCUCGACAAGGAAUUACCACCGACGCCCGAGCCGGAACAGGAUAAUUCUGGGCUGACGACUAUCCUCAUUGGCCCCAAGAAGCGCCGAUUCAAAGUCAACUGCCAGCUACUCUGCGAUGUCUCCCCGUUUUUCCAAGAGCGUAUCGAAGAUCCCUUUCAUUCACAAACAGUCUCAUUAUGGCUCCCCAGCGAAUCGCCCGCCAUGUUUGGUCUGUUCGUCGAGUGGGUACAUUCUCCAGACACCUUCAGCGUAUACCUCGACGACGUCAUCACUUCAGCGCAGAAGAAGGGCGACAAGGAGUCUCUCGAUAUCCACUGGGCAAUCAUCCAUCUCCACCUCUUCGCCUCGCAGCUCUCUCUCGGCUAUCUACAGGAUGCUUCCAUAGACGCCAUCCAAGACCUAUAUCUCAAAUACGAUUGGGAUGUCCCACCCAAGCUGGUGGCAUAUCUUUACACCGAGUGUGAAACAGGGCCGUCGAUACGCCUCCGCCGCUGGGCUGUGGCCAUGGUUGCCUUUUGCCUGGCUGUAGGCGGGCAGCCCAAAUUUUCGGACCAAGAUUUGGCAACAUCUUACCCCAUGCAGUUUCAGUCGCUUUUCCAGACGCUGCCCGAAUUCUCCGCCGAUUACACUCAGCACAUGGAAAACAUGAAGGAGUCCGGCCACGACGUUCAGCUCAAGAACCCGCAGCUCCGCAUCUCAGCCAACAAGCUGUGCAACAACAAACGGCUGUUUGGGUUUCGUGAGUGCUCCUUUCAUUCUCACCGGUCAGCUGUUGGCGAAGGCCUUUGUCCUCAUGCUGUUGUCAGGGCACCAAGCAGAGCGAUGAGCGCACCGGAUCUCCCCAGGCCGAGAUGGAGGCAUAGGCGCCACGACAGCAGCAACAAUCCGCCAAGAUCCCUGUUCUCGCGAAACAGCCACAGAGACGACGAGGAGAAACCGCCAAGCAUCCCACACUCGAUAGCAAGCUCGAUCAUGUCAAAGUUUUCCUAA